AUGCAAGUUGAAUAUGAAGAUGAAAAUGAAAAUGAAAACGAAAACGAUGAUAUUGAAGAGGAAGGAUCUUCUUCCAUUCAAAUAGAUCCUUAUCAUGUCAUACUUCCUUUCACUACAUCUCUUCCUGAAAUACAACUUUUAACAUCUCUACUUCGUCCAUCUUAUAACCUAUUCGAAUCUUUUUAUUCAAAAGGUAAAUUCAAACCUAAAUCCUCUAUCCCAAGUCCCCCAAUAGAUUUGGUAUAUCUUUACGUGAAUGGAAGUUCAGAACUAUUCCAAGCGGAAUUCGAUUCAAGAGUAGAAGUAGAAGGUCUUUCUUCAUUAAAAGGUAGAGCUAAAAGAUGGAGAGAAAAUGGUGAAUUAAGAGGAGCGAUAAGAAGUGGGAUCUCUUCACUUGGAGAAUCAUUAGGAAAGGUACAUGUCGUUUCGGCGGAUUUUCAAGCUAAAUGUAAAGAUUUAGAAGAUGAUCAAGCUGAAUUGGAAAAUUGUAGAAUUGGUCAAAUACCAGGUUGGUUAAAUUGGGAAUCACAAAAUAGGUUGGAUGAACGAGACGGAAUGAGGUUGAAAUGGCAUUUACAUUCGGAAAUCUUUAGGUUACCUAUGGAUCAAGGAAGAUUACCGGAAGAAGUGAAAGAUGAAUUUAAGAGUGAGGAGAAAUGGAAAGAAUUGGCUUUACCGAAUUUUAAUAGUUUUGAGAUUGAAACUAGGAUUGGGUUUAUAGAUGGUUUAGCGGAUCAUUUCAUUCUUUCCAACGACGACAUGUUCAUCCUCUCCCCCAUGUCACGAUCCGACUUUCAUCACCCUUUACUCGGUCCAGUCAUCCGAUUAGACCCAGGUCUCACAGUCCGACCCGUCCUCACACCCGAUCUAAAAUCCACUUCUGGCGAAUGGGGAGGAUUACAACAUGCCAGCGUCCUUCUCUCUUCCCGAUUCCCAAAAAGAGAAAGGAUGUACAUGCAUCACAUGCCAAAAUCCCUCUCAAAGGCAUUGGUACAUGAAGCGAGCAUCAUGUUCUCCCACGCACUUAGCGUAUCGUCUACACGUGGUUUGAGAGGGAGUAAGAGGGGAGAGGCGGAUGUGGAAAUGGCUUGGUUAGUCACUCAUCUCAGGAUCGAAAGAUGGAGAGAAGCUUUGUUAUGGGUUUGGGCGGUUGCGAAAUUAGGUGGGGAGAAUGGUGUUUGGGAUGAUGGUGCUAGAGAUGAGGUCAAAAGGGUUUUGGGUUUAAAUGAUGGGAUGAAAUUGGAGGAGGAUGGGGAAGUGGAGAUUUUCAGAGGGGAUAGAACGACUUUGCGAGAUAUCGAGGGUAUAAGUAACGAUUCAGGAUGGGAAAUGCCAUUACAUUCUGAAUAUAUCUUCUCCUCAUUCGACGGUCAUCUCCCACACGACCCGGAUAAACCUUCCAAAUCAUGUCACUUAUCCCUCUUUACAUGUUUCCCAUCCGAUUGGCUCACCAACACUGAUUCUCUUCCCGCAACGGAAAUUUUCACUCAUCUCGCAUUCGUCGAACCGGGAUGUGGAGACUGUAUGAUCGAUGCUUUGAUCGCAGCUUCCGGCGAAACUGGUCUCGAAGCUUUCCUCCCUUCUCCCAAAUCCCAAUUCUCCCCGUCGGAAGACCCAAUGUUACCACUCACCACAUCAUGGGAAAAAACAGAUUUCUCUUUGAAAAAUGUGGUUCGUCAAGGUCAAGAUGUAUGGACUGGGGAGAGAAAAGUGAAAGGAAAAGUUUCUUUAAGACGUUGGAGUAUAAAAUUAUUAUCUAGAUAUUCUUAUGUUUACGCAACUACUCCUUCUCGAUUUUCACAAAUCCAUUCUGUCCGUCAACUCCAAGCUUCUCUAGCAUCUAUCGAUAGUCAUCCAGAACUCGCCAUGGCAUGUUUGAAUGAUGAUCAACCGGAUAAAGCUGUGGGUGAUGUUAGAGGUGUAUUCGGGGAAUGGAUGUUUGGUCGAUGGGGUGGGAAUGGACCUUGGAACGAAUGGGAGAGGGAUUGGGCAUGGUGA